AUGACAGACACGGGCGAGGGGGGUGUGGACGGGGAUGCUGGGACGGGGGAGCUGCCCUGCUCGGGGCAGCGCUGCCUGGGGUCCCUGGUGCUGCCGCGGCCGCUGCCCACCCCGACCCCCGAGGGGAUGCGACCCCCCGAGGAGCUGCUGGAGCUGGCCCGGGACUUCAUCACCCAGUACUACGUGUCCCUGCGGCGGGAGAACUCCCCGGCACACACGCAGCGGCUGCGGGAGGUGGCUGCGGAGAUCGAGGCCUCGGGCUGGUACCGGCUGCGGGAGCCCGAGCUGGCCUUCGGAGCCAAGCAGGCCUGGCGGAACGCGGCGCGCUGCGUCGGCCGCAUCCAGUGGAACAAGCUCCAGGUGUUUGAUGCCCGGGACUGUGCAGGGGUAGGGGAGAUGUUCAGCCUCCUCUGCUCCCACAUCCAGUUCGCCACCAACCGCGGAAACAUCCGGUCUGCCAUCACCAUCUUCCCGCCGCGGGCACCGGGACGGGGUGAUUUCCGCAUCUGGAACCCGCAGCUGAUCCGCUACGCCGGGUACCGGCAGCCCGACGGCUCCGUCAGGGGCGACCCCGCCAACGUGGACAUCACCGAGCUCUGCAUCCAGCACGGCUGGACCCCCGGGGGAGGCCGCUUCGACGUGCUGCCGCUGCUGCUGCAGGGCCCCGAGGAGUCCCCCGAGCUCUUCCCGCUCCCCCCGGAGCUGGUCCUCGAGGUGCCGCUCCAGCACCCCACGUGAGUGGGGCUGCGACCCCCCGG